AUGACCGGCACUACCAACGCAACCUACCAAGACCCCAUGGUCACCUACAUCAACUACAUAACCAGCAAAGGCGCCUACGCCAUCGUCGACCCCCACAACUUCGGCCGAUACUACGGCAAUAUAAUCACAGAUUACACCGGCUUCCAAACCUUCUGGACAACACUAGCAGGAAUCUUCAAAAGCAACGCCAACGUCAUCUUCGACUGCAAUAAUGAGCCCCACGACAUGGGCUCCGCUAGUGUUCCACUACUCAUGCAAGCUUGCAUCGAUGGAGUCCGCGCUGCUGGUGCCACGAGUCAGUAUAUCUUCGUCGAGGGAACCAGCUACAGCGGUGCGUGGACUUGGGUAUCAGCCGGAAACACCGACCUUUCUUCCCUCACCGACCCUCAAAACAAACUCGUCUACGAAAUGCACCAAUACCUCGACUCGGACGGCUCCGGAACCUCCGCCGACUGCGUCUCAACCACCAUCGGCUCUGAGCGUCUCGCUGCCGCUACCGCCUGGCUAAAGUCCAACAACAAGACGGGUAUUAUUGGCGAGUUUGCUGGGGGGGCUAAUGAUCAGUGUAAUAGUGCUGUGACGGAUAUGAUGACGUAUAUGACGGACAAUACGGAUGUGUGGUUGGGUGCUCUUUGGUGGGGUGGUGGUCCUUGGUGGGGGGAUUAUAUCUAUAGCAUGGAGCCUCCGAGUGGGGUGAGUUAUACGGAUACGCUGCCCUUGAUUUUGAAUAUUGUUUGA